AAACUAAUGAUUGAAUUGUUCAUACGAUAGUCAAUACGACUACUACAGCAGGACUUCCUAUCAUCGCGUAUAGCGCUGUAUAAGGCGGCGCACGUCUACUUCACUGAGUCGUGUCCGGACGAGCUGUUCAACGAGCUCUGCAAAAGUCCGUGCGCUAAGUAUAUCAAGACUCUGAAGGAGAUUAACAUCGCUUUCCUGCCCUACGAGUCGCAAGUAUUCUCACUCGACUGUCAGGAGUCGUUUCACUGCUACUACAACCCAACCAAACAAUCACAACGAACCGCAACACUCGAACGCCUCGCCGAACAGGUGGCCACUCUAUGCGCCACUCUUGGCGAGUAUCCCAAUGUUAGGUAUCGCUCCGAUUAUGACCGCAACGUCGAGUUGGCUCAACUCAUACAACAGAAACUGGACGCUUAUAAGGCCGACGAACCCACUAUGGGUGAAGGCCCGGAAAAAGCUCGGUCUCAGCUGUUGAUCAUCGACCGGGGCUUCGAUUGCGUGUCACCACUGCUUCAUGAGCUGACAUUCCAGGCGAUGGCCUACGACUUGUUGACCAUCGAGAACGAUGUCUAUAAGUUUGAGGCCACGAGUGGUAACAACGAAGUGCGCGACAAAGAGGUGAUACUCGACGAGAACGACGAGAUUUGGGCCGCUCUUCGCCACCAACACAUUGCGCUCGUCUCGCAAAACGUCACCAAACAGUUGAAGACAUUCACGGAUAGCAAACGGAUGAACACUAACGACAAGACAUCGAUGAAAGACUUGUCGCAAAUGAUUAAAAAGAUGCCGCAAUACCAGAAGGAAUUGUCGAAAUACGCCACUCAUUUGCAUUUGGCCGAGAGUUGCAUGAAGUGCUAUCAGGGAUCAGUUGACAAACUGUGUCGCGUCGAACAAGACCUGGCGAUGGGCACCGAUGCCGAGGGCGAGAAGAUCAAAGAUCCCAUGCGUAACAUUGUGCCCAUUCUUCUGGAUCAAGCCGUCAACAUCUUUGACAAAAUACGUAUAAUUCUGUUGUAUAUAAUAUCGAAGAACGGCAUCUCUGAGGACAAUCUGGCCAAACUGAUCCAGCACGCACAGAUACCGCCGCAGGACAAGACCAUUAUCACCAACAUGUCGUUCCUCGGCGUCAACAUUAUCACCGAUUCGGGCCGUAAAAAGGUAUAUCAAGUGCCGCGCAAAGAGCGCAUCACUGAACACACGUACCAAAUGUCCCGCUGGACGCCAAUCAUUAAGGAUAUGAUGGAAGACUCUAUUGACGAUAAAUUGGAUAUAAAGCAUUACCCAUACCUAACGGGCCGCUCAGCGCCGGCCAACUACGGACGCCCGGCGCCCACAAGCAUGCGGUACGGCCAGUGGCACAGAGACAAGAACGCGCUUAACAUUAAGAACGUUCCGCGUCUCUUAAUCUUCAUCAUCGGUGGUAUGUCUUACUCAGAGAUGAGAUGCGCUUAUGAAGUGACCAACAAUUCCAAGAACUGGGAGGUUAUCAUUGGUUCUGAUCACAUCAUAACACCGGAGAGUUUUCUGCAAAAUCUUCGAGAUCUUAGCAACUAAUGGAUGGUUUGCAUCAGUUUUACGGGAGAAAAGCAGACCUUCGCUUACACGACGAGUAUAUGUUUAACGAAAAUACAAAACACAAGAGUUUAAACAAAUCAAAUCCAUUGAUAACUCCUUUAUAUUAUUUAUUGAUAACAUUUAUUAUUUUACUCUUUGAUCCGUUGAGAAGAUUCUUUGAUCAUUAGUGCAAUCAAUCGAAUGAUAUUUAAACUAAAAUAUUAUUAUUAUUACUAUUGAAAGACAAUUAUAUGAUAUGAGAGAAAGAGUGCGGCCGUUAUGUUAUGCCGUUUUCUUUAGGUAUUCCUUCGAAACCAUACAUUCCUCUUAUACUCCAAAAUGUUAUUCAAAGACUAAAAACAACAAAAAAAUAUUUAAAUUAAUAAACAAAAAGAACUAAAAACAUUUUAAUCUAUAAAUUAUACGAUAGUUUUAAUUGAAACAAUUUUUAUUUUCAAUUCAUAUAACGCUCUAAACUAUUGAUUAUUAUUAAUUGCUAGUCAUAUGAGAGGCAGAGAUAAACUAAACGACGAGU